GCAUCUGUCAGAGAGAGAGAGGGACCCUGAGCAGGUGCCAGACACGGUGAGAGGGAACCUCCACACACAGCAGGACACACUGCCCACCAAGGCUCACACAGUGGAUGACACAGAGGGUGCAGGGAGGUGGCAGCUGGGGGGAUCCCUGGACGCCCCUCCAAUUAACCCUUGGAGCCCAGGACUGGAUCCACACUGCACAAUGACGCUGAACAAGAGAGAAAAGCUGGGGUCACUACGACAGCACUGGGGAAGCCUUCCUCUUAAUUUUGAGCCACGACGACGUGGUAGUAUGCCACUACCCUACAAGCACCAGCUGAGGCGUGCACAGGCUGUGGAUGAGCUUGAUUGGCCAAGUGUUCAUUCUGGAUCAUCAGAAUCUGUGAGGUCUUCAGAGAGUAUUCCAGAGCCAGGGGUCUACAAGGUGAUGCUUCUAGGUGACAGUGGAGUGGGCAAAACAACUCUAGCUGGCAUAUUUGGAGGGGCAGAAGAUACCUUCCACCAUGAAGCAGAACAUCCAGAGGACACAUAUGAGCGGAAUCUGCUGGUUGAUGGAGAAAAGACAACCUUGAUAGUUUAUGACAUCUGGGACCAGAGUUGGAUGCAGGACAACUGUCUACAGAUGGGGGAUGCAUUCCUCCUCAUAUUCUCUGUGACAGACCGUGCCAGUUUUCAGCGCCUUCCUGGUUUACUACUACAGCUACGAACAGCUCGGCCACAUCGUCGCAUCCCCAUAAUCCUCGUUGGCAAUAAGGGUGACCUGGCUCGCUCCAGAGAAGUCAGCGUUGAAGAGGGGCGCUCUCUGGCAGGUAUGCUGAGCUGCAAGUACACAGAAACAUCAGCAGCUCUCCAUCACAAUACUCAAGAGCUGCUUGAGGGUGUGGUGAGACAAAUCCGCCUUUGCAAAGAUGAAGAAGAGCAUACACCCCAACCUGCUACAUUGCUUCCUCCGGGGCGCAGGGAGAGCUUGACCAAGAGGGCCCGGCGUCUCUUACAGGGACUGAUGGGAAAACAUCGUGGUUUCUUCAAGCAAAGAUCAAAGUCCUGCCAUGACCUUUCUGUACUGUGACUUAUAGACUACCCUCUCCAUAGACCUUGAAGAGGUCAGACACAGACUGAGUCAAGCUUAGACUGACACAAGGGGAGGCAAUGACUAUGUGGACAUGCUAGUACACCAUGCGAGCAUAGUAGGCAAAGACUGAUCAGUCAAUCUGACCAAAAACUCUGGAAGGUAAAAUCCAGUGUCUGACAGCAUAAUAAUGUCUGCUUUGUGGCAUUCAGCCACAGGAUAAAGUUGGUCCUACACUACGGCCAUUGUGUUCCAAACACCAUGCAUUCAACACAGGAUGGAAUCAUGAGUUGGGGAUUACACCCAAAUAUCAUGUCUAGUCACCAAGGACCAGUUGCCUUUUGAAACUACCAUCAGAUCAUACCUCUCUAUACUGCUAUCAUUACUACACAUUAUGUACAACCUUUCAAAACAUACCACAAUUAAACACAAGUGCUUCAUACUUAUAGUAACAGCGAGAUAUAUUGAAUAGAUAAUGCAGGAACAUAUUAACAAACUAUUAGAGGCAUUGCAUGUUAUUGACCAUUGUCACUGUUUUUUACUGUAAAAAAUCAUCUGCAUAAAUAACGUGAUACUGUUGCGUGCAGGCAAUGUUGGUUAGAAGUAUAAUGUAAUAUGUGGUACAGUACCAUAUAUGAAGUGUAGAAUGAAGAUGGGUAUAGAAAAGAUAUCAGGCGGCUGGGGGAGAAGGUGCAUGUCUGGUAGUGGGGGAGGUAAGGGAGAUGGGAGCUACAGUGGUAUUUUUGGGCACGCUUUAUUAUUAUUGGCAUUUAUAUAGCACCAACCUAUUCCACAGCACUUAACAAUAAUACAAAAGAGAGAAUUUAACAACCAACUAUUUAAAAAUUUGACCGGAACAAUAGGUUGAUGAGGACUUUGCUAUAGAUCUAUCUGAGAAUAAAAAUUGCUUCAUCUUAGUGAAGUGCUUUCAGUGCAUAGAUCCUGCCGCUUUGCUGUUGAAAAUAAAAUCGAAAAACAGCACUGUUUCCUUUUCUUUUUGCAAUGUCCACACCUCUAGUGGCUGUCAGACAACUACUAGGGCUUUGAGCUAAA